UGUGUUUGUGCGUGUGUGUAUGUGAGAGAGAGAGAAUAAGUAAAGGUGUGCGUGUGCGAAUUUAUUUAUGAGAAACCGUCUAAAGUAUUUUUUGCACUAAAUAAUAUUUAAGGCAGCUUUGCUAAAGCCACGGGAAAGCAGCCCACCGCUCCUGGAGAAAUCAACACUGUCACCAUGGUUGCCACAAGCACAUUAAAGACCAAAAGCAGCGAAUGUAUUUCGGAUCUGGUUGAGCGAAGAUAUGACCAGGCUUGCAUUGAGAAAGAACUUGAUUUCUGGGAUCACUGCUUGGCAGAACCCCAGAGAAAUGCAGAUGUCACUGAGGACAGAACCUGUCAACAGCUGGCCAAGAUGUUUGAGAACUGCCUGUCACAAGCCAAGAAGACAACACUGCACUGCUCCUCUGUGCUGGUACCAGAGAAGCUAACGCGGAGAAUAGCUCGCGAAGUCCUGCGGCUGGCAUCUUGCGAGCCCUGCGGCCUGCGCGGCUGCGUCCUCUACGUCCACCUGGAGCUGGACAAGGGCUGCAAGCGGCUGGACCGCAUUGUGUACGAUGCCACUGUGGUGCCCACAUUUGAGCUGACUCUUGUGUUCAAGCAGGAUGGCACUGCCUGGCCCAGCCUACGGGACUUCCUCUUUAUGGGAACCUGCUUUGCACCAACUUUCAGACACGUACUUAAACUGAGUCCAGGUUUCCGACUAGUCAAGAAAAAACUGUACUCCUCCUCGGCUGGUACCGUGGUAGAAGAGUGCUGAACUAUGGGAGGGAUUAGAGUGGGAUAUUGGGUUUCCUGUGGGUAAACGCACUUCUGCCCAAAUGUAAAUGACACUCCCAGUGGUGUCAUAUUUUCUACAGUGUUUUUUGUACAAUACGGUUUGUCAGUUCAACUCUUAGUAGCCAGUCAGUUCAGUUUGAAACUUUGGAUUUAAAGCUUAACAGCUUGUGCAUAAAUGAGCCUGAUAGUUCUGAGUUUGGCUUCAGUGUUUCUAAAAGUGCAUUUUUAUCAGCAAGAUCAUAAAAUCCUCUUUUUUUUAAUUUUGGCUUAUAAGAGUUUGCAACUCAAACACAAUUUUAAAUUGUACAUUUUGCAGAUGAAUGUAAAACUAUGUUCACAUCAACAUGUUUGAGAGGGACAUACUGAGGGUACACUUUUGUUAAAGACACUAGCCACUUUGUUGAUACAUCUGCGUGUUUCCAGAUGAAUGUGUUCAGCAACAGGAGAAUGAAAUUGAGUCUUUGGGGGCCAUAUGUAGCUAGUUGUACAAUGCUGUAUUUAGGGCUACAGAUGUCUUUAAGACUGAAUGUCUUGUGAAGAUGCUGCUGUCUUGGUGUGGCCUUUUCACACUAAGGGAAUAUGGAUGCCUUAAAUGUCAUAGAAAUGUCCUUUUUUUUCACUCAGAUCACAGCUAUGUGUAUGUUUAGUGUAAAUGUUUUAUUGCAUUUUUAUUUUUAUACCCCCUCCCCUCCAGACACAUCUUUUCAAUUCAAGAAGUUUAUAGAUUAUUAAAAGGAUGGAUCACCAAAAUGUAAAAGCGUAUUUGUUAUGUAACUUGUCACCUGGGGCGUGCAAAGAAAUUACUGUAUGUCCAGCUAGAAAUUUGUAAUUUCUUUUUUUUUUUUUUUUUUUUUUUUUGUGAAUUCCCUACAAUUUCUCCAACUUUUGUUUUUGAUGCCAUUUGAACUUCUUGUUGAAGGAAACUAGGUCUUGUCUAAUAGACAAUAAAAAAUUUAA